CUUAACUGACAAAAGCUGUCCAGCUCUGGCUUCAGUUCUUGGAUCAGAUACCAAUCUGAAAGAGCUGAACAUGAACUAUAAUAAUCUGCAGGAUUCAGGAGUGAAGCUGCUCUGCACUGGAUUUAAGGAUAUAAAUUGCAAACUAGAGAUACUGAGUCUGAAGAACAACUGUAUCACAGAAGGAGGUUGUCAUGUUCUGGCUGCAGCUCUAAAUUCAAACCCUUCAAAUCUGACAGAGCUGGAUCUGAGUGAGAAUAAACUAGGAAACCCAGGAAUGAAGAUCAUCUUGACUCUGUUUGAAAAUGUACAGUGUAGACUGGAAAAGCUGAAUCUGAAGAACAACUGUAUCACAGAAGGAGGUUGUCAUGUUCUGGCUGCAGCUCUAAAAUCAAAUACUUCAAAUCUGACAGAGCUGGAUUUGAGUGAAAAUAAACAAGGAGACUCUGGAGUGACAGAAAUCUCCAGUCUGCUGAGAAAUUCACAGAUACUACAGAUACUCAGACUUUCAGACUGCAGUAUCAGUGAAGAAGGUUAUAAAGCUCUGUCUUCAGCUCUGAGAUCAAACCCUUCACACCUGAUAGAGCUGGAUCUCACAGGAAAUGAUCCUGGAGAAUCAGGAGUGAAGCAGCUCAGUGAUUUACUACAGGAUCCAAACUAUCAACUCAAGACUCUGAGGUUUUUGGGUCCUGCUGCAGAUGAAGGCUGUCAGUAUGUGACUGGAAUUGUGGGUAAAAACCCGUUACUCCUGAGAGAGCUGAAUCUGAGGGGACAUAAACUAGGAGACACAGGAGUGUGGUUGCUGAUUCAGAUGCAGUGA